UGGGCGUGAUUGAGCUCCGUUUCGUUGGCGAUGGGAUGACAUCAUCUUAAUGCGACAAACUCAGGAAGGACCUUAUGUGGAGCAUGUUGAUGACAACCGCUCAACAGCACAAAGCACGUUGACGUUAAAAACGAUUGUAAUAAUUAGCUUGAAGUGAUUUAACGUUAUAUUUUGUGCCAACCUUGAAGUAACGGUAACGUUAGGAAAAAUCCUUAGUGACAAUUACACGGAACUGUUCAGAUUAAUCAGUGUUGUAUCGAGCUGACUACAAGAUGUCAGUUACGGAGAUGUUCACUUACAUCCAGGGCUUUUUGAGCGCGGAUCAAGACGUGCGAGAGGAUAUCAGGAAAGUCGUCCAAGUCCUCGAACAGACAGCCAGAGAAAUCUUGACUCUGCUUCAAAGUGUACAUCAACCAACUGGUUUCAAAGACAUUCCCAGCAAGUGUCUGAAGGCGCGUGAGCUGUUCAGCACCGUGAGGACGCACAUGGGAGAAUUGAAAACAAAGUUCCCCGUAGAACAGUAUUAUCGGUUUCACGAGCAUUGGAGGUUUGUGCUUCAACGGCUGGGUUUCCUUGCUGCGUUCGUGGUCUACUUGGAGAGUGAAUCCCUGGUUACUCGAGAAGAAGUUGCCAAGAUAUUAGGCAUCGAAGUAGACAGAGAGAAGGGAUUUCACCUGGACGUUGAAGAUUACUUGGCAGGUGUUCUCAUCAUGGCAAGUGAACUGUCUCGUCUGGCAGUAAACAGCGUGACGUCGGGUGACUACGGGCGCCCCCUGCGCAUCUCCAACUUCAUCAACGAGCUGGACUCCGGCUUCCGCCUGCUCAACCUGAAGAACGACCCGCUGCGCAAGCGCUACGACGGCCUGAAGUACGACGUGAAGAAGAUCGAGGAGGUGGUCUACGACCUCUCCAUCCGCGGCCUGGCCAAGGAGCAGGAGGCCGGCGGAGACAAGUAGAGAGGGGAGAGGAAGAUGAGGAGGAGGAAGGUGCAGGGGUCUCUUGUAUCCCCCUGUGCUGGGACUCCCUCCUCCCAAACCACGGUUUACCCCAGAGACUUCGCCUGCGUACGAGCAGGAUAGAUGAGAGGAAGGAGCGAGGGAUAGAGAGAGAGAUAAAAAGGAGGGGAGAUAGUGAAUGAAGGCCCAGCUGCCUCAGACGUGUGUGUGUGUGUGUGUGUGAGCGUGUGUGUGUGU